AUGUGGUGGGCACCCCGGAAGCGGAAGCAGGCGCCUCCUCGGCGGCGGAUUCGAGGGUUUGUUUUGUCUGUGGUGUCAGCUGGUGGCCCGCCAUGCCGUCGGAUGGUCGCUGCUGGGAAACCCUGAGGGCGCUGCGCAACUCCAGCAAAGGCCGCCUACGCUACCACCGCGAGUGGCUGCUGCGCUGCGAGGAUGUUUUGGAAGAAUGCAUGUCUCCUCCCAAACUGUCUUCUUACUCUGGAUGGGUGGUAGAUCACAUCCUGCCCAACAGCUCACCUGACAGGCAAGAGAAUGCUUCUUCCUCUGAUAAUUCACCAUCCUCUGGCUCUGCCUCAGGCCUGGACCAACCCUCACUCCUUAAGUCUCCUGUCAGAAGCACCCCACAGUCCCCCUCACCAUCAACACCAAAUGGAACCAAGAGCACUCAUGAGUCCCAGUCCACAGAACCUAUUGCACUUCAGUCCUCCCGAGCGAACAGAGUGGAAGGCUGCAUCCGAAUGUACGAAUUGGUGCACAGAAUGAGAGGAACUGAGGGCCUGAGGCAGUGGCAGGAAGAGCAGGAGAGGAAGGUACGAGCCCUCUCAGAGAUGGCAUCUGAACAGCUGAAGAGGUUUGACGAGCUGAAGGAGCUGAAGCUGCAUAAGGAAUUCCAGGACUUACAGGAAGUGAUGGAGAAGAGUACCAGAGAAGCCCUGGGCCAUCAGGAGAAGCUGAAAGCUGAGCAUCGUCACAGAGCCAAGAUUCUCAACCUGAAGCUUCGAGAGGCAGAGCAGCAGCGUGUGAAACAGGCAGAGCAGGAGCAGCUUCGGAAGGAGGAAGGCCAGGUCCGCCUGCGCAACCUAUACACCCUGCAAGAGGAGGUCCUGCAGCUCAACCAGCAGCUGGGCGCCUCCAAUCAGCACAAGGACCUGCUGAAUGUUGACCUGGCUGCCUUCCAGACCCGGGGCAACCAGCUGUGUGGUCUCAUCUCUGGAAUCAUUCGCACCACCUUGGAGAGUGGCUAUCCCACAACAGAGAGCCUAGCUGAGGCUGAGAGAGCCCUGCAGGAAAUGCGGGACGUCCUUUCAAAUUUGGAGCAGGAGAUCAUCAGAGCCUCUGAAGUCAAGAAGAAGCAAGAUGAAGAGGAGGCCCGGGUGAAGCUGCAGGAACCACAGGUGCAGCAAGGGCCAGGAGCUCCCACCCAGUCCCCUGUGCAUAGCCCAGGCCCAGCAGGGACACAGAAUGAAGACCUUCAGGUGAAGGUACAAGAUAGUACGAUGCAAUGGUACCAGCAACUUCAGGAUGCUUCUGCCAAGUGUGUGUUGGCUUUUGAGGGCCUGACCAGCAGCAAGGACAGUCAGACCAAGAAGAUAAAGAUGGACUUGCAGAAGGCAGCCACCAUCCCAGUGAGCCAGAUCUCCACCAUUGCAGGUUCCAAGCUGAAGGAGGUCUUUGAAAAGAUCCAUAGCCUGCUCUCUGGAAAGCCUGUUCAAUCUGGUGGGCAUUCCGUGUCUGUCACUCUUAACCCUCAGGGACUGGACUUUGUCCAGUACAAACUGGCAGAGAAAUUUGUGAAACAAGGUGAGGAGGAAGUGGCCGCUCACCAUGAAGCAGCAUUCCCCAUUGCAGUGGUGGCAUCUGGUAUCUGGGAGCUCCACCCCAAAGUGGGAGACCUUAUCCUUGCUCAUCUCCACAAGAAGUGUCCAUACUCUGUUCCUUUCUACCCAGCUUUCAAGGAAGGGAUGGCUUUGGAGGACUAUCAACGAAUGCUUGGCUACCAAGUGACGGAUUCUAAGGUGGAACAACAGGACAACUUCCUAAAACGAAUGUCUGGGAUGAUCCGUUUGUAUGCCGCCAUCAUCCAGCUCCAGUGGCCAUAUGGAAACCGGCAGCAGGCCCAUCCUCACGGCUUAAAUCAUGGCUGGCGCUGGUUGGCACAGAUCUUAAACAUGGAGCCUCUGUCAGACGUGACAGCCACUCUCCUGUUCGACUUCUUGGAGGUGUGUGGGAACGCCCUUAUGAAGCAGUACCAGGUCCAGUUCUGGAAGGUGAUACUUCUCAUCAAAGAGGACUACUUCCCCAGAAUUGAAGCCAUCACAAGCUCAGGACAGAUGGGUUCUUUCAUACGUCUAAAGCAGUUCUUGGAGGUAUGUCUCACCUCUCCGAACCUUACAUCCCUACUUACAGAACAAAGGAAAAAGGAAUUGUCACUGCAGCCUUCAUGCUGUGCUUGGCAGCAGCCUCUGGGUUGGAGUUUCACCUUGUAUGUCCUGGAAUUUGUCUCCCUCACUUGCAGGACUACCUGGCAGGGCCUACAAUGAAUGGCAUCCUCAUAGCCUCCUGCCACUUGCUCUUCCUGUCAACUCAAGCCUUGCAAAUAGCAUCUGUUUUCUACAGAUAAUGGCAGGGAACAGGGUGGGAUGUACCAACUUCAGGAUAAAAAAGUGGAUGAGCUCAAGCCUUCCUCAGUCAGCAAAUGAAUGUCAAAAAGGCAUUUCUUCUAGAUACUACUACCGUCUGCUGGAAAAUUAGCCUGCCCAUAAAAACUUGGAAUGAAUGAAUGGUGCCCACCCAGCCACGCAGCUCACAUAACCACUAAGCAAGACUGGAGUUCUGGCUCUUCACUCUGCCACAGCAUUUUUGCUAGGUUUAUAUGUGAAGAAUAAGUCCAUAUAUGGGAAGCUGGGUGUAGUGAUGCAUGCAGCACUGAAGCAGCUGAGAGAGGAGGAUUGAGACAGAGAUACAAAGGUCAACACAGCAAGUACUAGGCCAACCUGGGCUAAACAGUAAGAUUCUGUCUCAAACAAUGAGAAGUUAGGUGUUUUAACAUGUACCUAUAGUCCAGUCUGCUUGGGAUGCUGAAAAGGAUUGCCAGGAGUUGGAGUGGCCUGGACUGCACAAUAAGGCACUCUCUGCAUCUGUCUCUGUUUAUCUCACCGGAGUCUCAUAGUCCAGGCUGGCCUCAAGCUUCUUUUCAUGUGGUCAAGGAUACUCUUGAAUUUUUCUGAUCCUCAUGCCUCAACUGCCUUAGGCUGGGAUUACAGGCUUAAUGCCACAGCUUCCUACCGAGUGCUAGGACUGAGCACAUGUGCCACCACAGCUGCUUAAUCUCACCAUUACAUCUCUUAAAUGGAAAGAAAGAGAGAGAGAAGAUAAAAAAAGGAAAAGGGAAAUGUGGAAAAUCACUGAGAUCCAGCAGUGGGGUUUAGUAGUAGAUUGUCUGCCCAGUGUGCAUGAAUCCCUGGACUCAUUAUGUAGCUUAGGCUGCCUUAGAAAUUUUAUUUCUAAGUUUUUUUCAUGAGUUUUUUGCAUGUGUAUAUGCCUGUGUGCUACAUGUUCGUUACCCAAGGAAGUCGGAGGAGGGCAUCAGCUCCCCUGGAACUGAAAUAACAGGUAGUUUGUGAGUCACCGUGUGAGUGCUGGGAAGCAAAUUCAGGCUCUACUGAGCCAUCUCUCUAUCCUGUUUAUCUUCACCCACAGGGUAAAAAUGACCUUAAACCUUAUAGCCAGCCAUAGUAGCAUAUACCUCUGCCCGGGAGGCAGAGGAUCUCUGUGAGUUCAAGGCCAGCCUGGUCUACAAUUCAACUCCAGGAGAGCCAGGGCUAUUAUACAGAGAAACCCUGUCUCAAAAUUUGACAAACUUAUGUGUUCUUGUGUAUAACACAGCAUGUAUUUGAAGGUCAGCAGACAACUUUGUGAAGUCAGUUCUCUUUUCCUACUUACUUUUACAUGGGUUGUGGGGAUCCAACUCCAGCUGUGAGGCCUGCAUGGCAAGCUCCUUUACCAGCUGAGCCAUCUCACCAUCCGGAGAAUACAUUAUAUAGCAAUUUAAUAUUCUUCCUUUGGAUGUGAUUAGCAGUCUUGGCAUUUGUCAUUCGAUGCUGGUUAUCCUAAUGGCGUCUCAAACAUAACACAGAAGAUCUCUGGAGGUUUGGGUUUCUGAUACUCACUGAUAGUGUAGCUUCAGAAGCCAGGAGCACAGCUGAGGAUGUGGCUCCACACAGGUGCAUCAGAUUCUUUGCCACAGAAUGCUACAAGCCACAUUCUCUUUUUGGCUCAAGUGCUCGUUCAUCUGCUUGCUUCCAUUGCAUCUUGACCUCAUUUUUUGGGCUCAGUUCCCAAAUUUUUGCCAUGUCAUUCAUUGUCCUAUAUCAUCUUAGUGCAGAUUUGGUAAUGCGCUGAAAAUUCAAGCAAAAAAUUCCAGUAGGUUACAACCUCUGUACAUCCAUUGGCCUUGGGAUCUCUCUCUCUCUCUCUCUCUCUCACACACACACUCUCUCUCACACACACACACACCAUGAGAAAUCCUGUAAUGACUGCAGUGACAGGACAACAUAAGCCACAGAGCUGCUCACAUGUCUCUGUCACACAUGACUAAUUUUCCCUUUCCUCUGCCACACUUAAUGAAUUCACUGGAUUGCCUGUGGAUCUACAGAAAGCAGACAAGGGUUGUAGGCUUCCGGUAAUGUGAUGCCCUUGCAAAAACACCCAUUGUAAAGGAGCUUACUGACAGUCCCUAGCUAUGGCCAGGCUUCAUUUAUUAGAUAAUAGCCAUUUAGGGGCUGGAGAGGUGACUCAGUAGUUAAGAGCUCUUGUUGCUCUUGCAGAGGACCCAGGUUUGGUUGCUAGUACCCUUGAGGUUCACAACUGUCUAUAAUUCAAGUUUCAGAAGAUCCAGUGCCCUUUUCUGGCCUCCAAGGGCACUAGGCAUGAACAUAGUGCAGGCAAAUUACUCAUACACAUAAAACAAUUUUUUUAAGCAAGAGGUUGGAAGAGCAAAUGUACAUUUUGAACUGCUCUGAGGCAAAGGGUUGUUACUGAUCUGUAAUGUUGAGGAUUGAACCUCGGCUUCUCCUAUGAGAGACCCAUAGCUUACUAACUGACACCACCACAGCCAGGACUGUGCUUUUGAAGUAGGUAAACAUGUACAUGGAAAAAAGCAGUAAGAAGUAAUGCCACGGUACAGUAAACAGAUGGAAGCUUUUCAAGGCUCUGAAAUGACUACUUAAAUCAUUAGGCUAUUCUCUAGGCAAUGGAAAACUAACAUUGUUUCUUGAGGUUUGGCAUGGUUUAUGAAACUUAUUCUUAAACAAUGUGUUUAAGCUUAGCAGGAGAUUUGGGCAUGAUGGUACCACCUCUACAAUUGCAACAUUCAAGAAGCUAAAGCAGGAAGAUUGCCAUGAGCUCAAGGAUGGACUAGGACAUAGCAUGAGACCCUAUCUUAAACAAGAAAAAAAAUAAUCAGAUGCCAUAAUCCCAGUAUGGCUCUGCAGGUAAAGGUAAAUGCUACCAAGCCUGAUGACCUGAGUUUGAUACCCGGGAUUCACAUGGUAGGAGAAUCAAUUGCCACAAGUUGUCCUUUGAUCUCCAUACAUGAAGAGCACACAUGAAGAGAUGAAAUAAAUGCUUAAAGAUACAGCUUAGCUGGUAGAAUAUGUUCACAAGUGCCCAGAUUGCCAGAAUGUUCUCAUCCUAGGUGGAAACUGGUCCUAUGGAACAUUGGCCUUCCCUCCCACCCCUGCCCCAUUCCUGUCUCCCCUCAGUGCCUGGCUACCAGUUCUCUACAUUAUCUCAGACUUGACAGUUACAGGUUGCAAGGUAAGCAGAAUCAUCCAAUAUUGGUCUUUCUGUGUGUCUGGCUUGUUUCACUUAGCACAAUGCCCUCAAGAUUCACACAGUCACUAUGUUUGGAAGACUUGUGUGACUGGCUUGCCAGCUCUGCUCCUGAAGAAUGUCCUCUGGGGAAAGGUACAGUCCAUUUUGUCAGCAGGACUUUUUCCAUUCAGCCUCUCUCUGCCUCUCUUCUUUUUUGGGGGGCAGGGAUUUGAGAUAGGAUUACUGUGUAGCUUUGGCUGGCCUGGCUUGGCCUGGGUUUGUGGACCAGGCUGGCCUCUGCCUCCCUGAGUGCUGGGAUUAUAGGCCUGUACCACCACGCCCAACUUAGAGUCAGCCUCUCUCUUUACAGGGAGAAAAAAAAAAUACUUGCACUUUGCCGAACCUAGUAGACACAUGACUUUCCAUGGCUGUUGAUGGGUGAAAACCUAACAAUUAGCAUAUUUCCCAGCCAACAACUGACCUUUUGAACAAGGGAUCAGGGCUGCCUAGCGUUCAAGUCUAGGGGCUGCAGAAACCAGAAGCUUAGAAUUCACUUGGAUUCACUGCUGUAAGGAGGCCAGAAGAGGUGUGGCCAAGAACAUGGAGCUAAACCAAGCUGUCACAGUGUGCUGUGCUUGCUUUAUUUCUUCCGUCUGAAGUUCUGUUACAAAAACAAGGCUAUUAUCGGCAAUAUCUUCUCCCUGUCCCCACGCCUAAUAGAGUGUGAGGCAUGUGCCGAAAUUGGUGGGAGGGAGGGGAGCAACAAUAGAAACCAUGGAAAUGCCUUUUUGAUGGCUCAUUUUCGUGCCAGAUGAGAGCAGGGUGGGUUGGUGAGUGGGAGCCCGAGGACACUGUUAUCCUGGCCAUUUUGAUCAGAAAAAGGAUCAACAAGCAGGAUUUUAGUUUCCAAAUCAAAAGUGAGCUCUCUUUAGGUCUCCAAUUUGUUUGGCAUUUGGUAGAAAGAGUAGAACUCUUAUUUCAGUAUGAGGCCUGGGAGAUUAAAUACCUACAUCCCUGAGACCUAUGGUUUGCCACUGAAGCAUAACGUCUUAGAAAUUGUACUAGCCAUUUUGUAACCAAGGCCAAAUAUCUGAUUUUAAAAUCUGCUGAUAUUGGCUGAAGAGGUGGUUACUAUAGUCGCCAUCAGCUGUUUUCAGAAAUGCACGGUCCAGAGCCUGUUGUGAUGGUACAUAUUUUUAAUGGAUCUUUGAGUUUGAGGCCAGUCUGGUCUACAGAGCAAGUUCCAGGACAGCCAGGGAUACAAGAAACCACAUCUGGAAAAUAAAGAAAAACAAAAAAAGCACAGUCCAGGAAGCAGCUUCCCAGCCAGUUUUCUCUGUAAAGAUUGCAGGAAAUUCCUCUUAGAAUCUUUUCCUCAAGAUUCUGUGAAGCGGCUUCUGGGGUGUGGCCCCUCUUUUUGUCUCUUCACUCCAAGAAAAAGGACUAGGAAUCUUCCUUCACUAUCAUGUCUACAGCUAGGGCAGCCUAGGAGUCACACCGAACUGCAGAGGACCAGGAAGCUCAAGACUGGGCCUCACCCCAGUUCUGGAGCAAUGCCCAGUGUCUUUAUAAUUAUUUAAAUAGGAGGUUCAGCUUGGUAACUAGGAAGCUAAUGCCUGGGGGAGCUGCAGAAUUCCCAGUCGACCUGACUACACAGGAAUGAGCUGGGUGCUGCUCCAAUGGUUGCCACACAGCUGUCACCGAAAUGGAGGAAGGGAAAAGCUAUUGCAGGAGGGGAGCCUGGCAACAGAGUUUGGAGACAGGCCCUAAAUGGGGCUGGUUGUAUAUAGGACAGAAAUACAGAAAUGUUGUUUUCUCAAAAGUCUAGCACUCACCUGCCUAACUGCUUGUGUUCAAAUCUUAGUUUUUCUGAUUGCUUCAUGCCUGACCCGGAGAAGAAAGCUAGCCUCUUAUGUCAUCAGGGUGCUCAUUUGUAAAAUGGGGAAAGCGACAUCUACUUUGUAAAAUCAGUGCAGAGAUUAAAAGUCCAAAGAGGUAGCACAGACAAGAGUCAGCUACACAGCAAGGUUCAAUUAAUACCGGGGAAAGAAAUCCUCUGUCGUUUUAUCGACUAGAAUGAAUACACCCUAUUCUACUGGCAACAGGAAGAAAGACUGCUAAAUAAUUCUACAAAUCCUGAAAUAAAAGCCUUAUGCCACAAAUCAGUCUUUUUUUUUUUUCUAAUCGGGAUUUGUUUUUUUGGUUUUUUCCUACCACCUCCUCAAACACGGAGUCCCAAAAUCAUCUGAUUUUCUUGGCCCCAGCCCCCACC